AUUAGCGGUAUUGAAAUUACUUAUUUAGCGCGUGGUUUUAAUGGGCCUACACCGAACCGAAUCAUCAUCAACCCUUAGUUAGCCGCAGGAACAAUAGUAUAAAUGUAUAAUUUUUUUGUUAUAAUAAUUGUAUUCCUUUGAUUUUAAGGAGAAUACUGGAAUAAUCCUUGGAAGGGAGUCAGGGCCAGGGGAUCUCUUUCAUGCUAAAACCAGCCUUAAAUCUCAUAAAAAGUCACCAUCUUUUAUAUCAAUUACUCAAUAAAACUCCUGUUUGAAUUUGAGUUUGGAUCAUUCAGGAAGGGAUUUGUUGGUGAAUUAUGAUAAAGUCUUGCGAGGAUUUUGUGUAAAGGGGAAAACGUGUUUUCCUUUUAGGUGCAACCACAAAUUUCAGUGAAAAGAAUUCUUCGUUUGCUCUGUGAAUGUGAAAGAAGUAGCGACCAACUUGGAAUAGAUUCUUUGAAGUUUUGAUUGGGAUUUGUGUGUUUAAGUUGUUCAAUUCAUAAGUAAAUCCAUUUGAUCACACAGAGCAGCAGGAAGUUUCAAGUUUAAAAAAGGUCUUUUGGGUAGUCUUCAAGGAUUUUAGAUUGUUGUGUUUUGAGAGAAAGAUGCAAAGGGUUCGAUUUUCAUCCCAAAAGACACCCGUGCAUAAACUAGGGGACUCUCAGAUAACAUUGUCCCCCAAAUUUAGAUUAGCUGUGAUUCAAUCUUCAUUGUUAAAUCCUUCGUUAGAGCUUGAAUUAUCCCUUCAAGGAGAACCCUUUAUUCCCGGCCUUCCUGAUGAUGUGGCCCUUAAUUGUCUGCUUCGGCUUCCAGUUGAGAGCCAUGCAGCUUCCAGAGCUGUAUGCAAGCGAUGGCAUCUUCUGCUUGGUAACAAAGAGCGGUUUUUCACCCGAAGGAAGCAACUAGGUUUCAAAGAUCCUUGGCUCUUUGUAUUUGCCUUCCACAAAUGCACUGGGAAAAUUCAAUGGCAGGUUCUUGAUCUUACCCACUUCUCUUGGCACACCAUCCCAGCGAUGCCGUGCAAAGACAGAGUUUGUCCCCAUGGUUUUAGGUGUGUUUCAAUUCCUCACGAGGGUGCUCUCUUUGUUUGUGGGGGUAUGGUCUCUGAUGUGGAUUGCCCCCUUGACUUGGUGUUGAGGUAUGAGAUUCAAAAAAACCGUUGGACUGUGAUGAAUAACAUGAAUACUGCUAGGUCAUUUUUUGCAAGUGGAGUGAUUAAUGGGAUGAUUUAUGUAGCAGGGGGAAACAGUGGAGAUCUUUUUGAGCUUGACUCAGCUGAGGUCUUAGAUCCUGCAAAGGGGAGUUGGCACCCAAUUGCCAGCAUGGGGACAAAUAUGGCAUCUUAUGAUUCUGCGGUUCUCAAUGGAAAGCUUCUUGUGACAGAAGGCUGGUUGUGGCCAUUCUUUGUCUCUCCUAGGGGUCAGGUUUAUGAUCCAAGAACUAAUAAUUGGGAGAGUAUGGCUGUGGGAUUGAGAGAAGGCUGGACUGGUUCAAGUGUGGUGGUCUAUGGGCAUUUAUUUGUGGUUUCUGAGCUUGAAAGAAUGAAGCUUAAGGUUUAUGAUCCAGACAGUGAUUCCUGGGAAGCAAUAGAAGGUCCCCCAUUACCAGAGCAGAUAUGCAAACCUUUUGCAGUCAAUGUAUGCGAUAACAGAAUAUAUGUUGUGGGUCGCAACCUUCAUGUUGCUGUGGGUUAUAUCUCAAGCCUGAAUCGAACAGGCAGCUCUGGGAAGAAGUGGAGCUUCAGUGUUUGGUGGCAUGUUAUUGAUGCCCCAGAACGUUUAUCUGACUUGACACCCUCCAGUUCUCAGGUUCUGUUUGGUUAGCUUCUGAUGUAUCACAAGUUGUGUCUUGUAUGUUGUUCAAUAAAUUGUAAUUAUACAAAAUUACAAAGGCUGUAGAGUUGGAAUGAUUCUGUAUUAUUGUAACAAAUGUAUCAACCAUAGUUGUCUUGUUCUUCUGUUAUCUCUUAGUAAUCUGAAAAUCAAUAUAUUUGACCGAUCUCACUCAAAUUUUCAGAU